AUCCAUGGCAACCGUGAAACAAAACACGACCUGUUGAUUACCAUCUUCGGUUUCGAGCUUUUCAAUGUCCACGCGUGCGUCUGGUACGAAUUCCUGGUUUUAGAAGAAUUUCUAGCUCGUCUUGGAAAAGAAGUGAUAGUAGAAUCGACGGAGCGAAGGUAAAGAUAGCGAAGAAGCACAUCGAAGAAAGAGUAUUAAUUUUCUAUAGAUAGAAGGAAGAUGCGUGAAAUCGCCCAUUUGCAAGCCGGCCAAUGCGGCAAUCAAAUAGGAGCAAAGUUUUGGGAAGUGAUCUCCGACGAACACGGUAUAGAUCCGACCGGCACUUACCAUGGCGACUCGGAUCUACAAUUGGAACGCAUAAACGUUUAUUACAACGAAGCAUCAGGAGGGAAAUACGUUCCUAGAGCGAUCCUGGUCGACUUGGAGCCCGGCACGAUGGACGCGGUACGCUCCGGACCGUUCGGUCAGAUAUUUCGACCGGAUAAUUUCGUUUUUGGACAAAGCGGCGCCGGGAACAACUGGGCCAAAGGGCAUUACACCGAAGGCGCAGAGCUCGUUGAUUCCGUUCUCGAUGUUGUCAGAAAGGAAGCCGAAAGUUGCGACUGCCUGCAGGGUUUCCAGUUAACCCAUUCCCUGGGCGGCGGAACCGGGGCUGGAAUGGGAACGUUGCUCAUUUCGAAGAUUCGGGAGGAGUAUCCGGAUAGAAUCAUGAUGACCUUCAGCGUGGUCCCUUCGCCGAAGGUGUCCGACACGGUAGUCGAGCCUUACAACUGCACUUUGUCGGUGCAUCAGUUGGUCGAGAACACGGACGAAUCUUAUUGCAUCGACAACGAAGCUCUGUACGACAUCUGCUUCCGCACUUUGAAGUUGACCACGCCAACUUAUGGCGAUUUGAAUCAUUUGGUAAGCGCCACCCUCAGCGGGGUGACCACUUGUCUGAGAUUUCCCGGACAGUUGAACGCCGAUCUGCGAAAGCUCGCCGUAAACAUGGUGCCCUUUCCUCGAUUGCAUUUCUUCAUCCCUGGUUUUGCACCGUUAACUUCCAGAGGCUCGCAGCAGUACAGAGCUCUCACUGUCCCCGAGCUCACCCAGCAAAUGUUCGAUGCUAAGAACAUGAUGGCGGCUUGCGAUCCUCGUCACGGUCGUUAUCUGACCGUGGCGGCCGUAUUUCGGGGCAGGAUGUCGAUGAAGGAAGUUGACGAGCAAAUGCUCAACAUUCAGAAUAAAAACAGCACUUAUUUCGUCGAUUGGAUACCGAGUAACGUUAAAACCGCCGUCUGCGACAUACCACCUCGCGGACUUAAGAUGUCGGCCACUUUUAUCGGCAACUCGACAGCCAUCCAGGAAUUGUUCAAGAGAGUAUCGGAACAGUUUACCGCGAUGUUCAGGCGGAAAGCGUUUCUUCAUUGGUACACGGGAGAAGGAAUGGACGAGAUGGAGUUCACAGAAGCGGAAUCGAACAUGAACGACUUGGUGUCCGAAUACCAGCAGUACCAAGAAGCAACCGCGGAAGAGGAAGGCGAAUUCGACGAGGAGGAAGAGGGCGAGGGUGAAAACCCUUGAGAUUAACUCGUCCGAAAGAAAUGUAAUGCGAGUUUCAUAUCGUUGCUCGAUAGAUAACGCGGUGUUAUCUGCGUUAACUUGGAAAUAGCUUUUUUCUCGUAACACCCUUACACACAUUCGACCACUUCCAUCCAUCCUCCUUUAUCCUUUCUUUCUGUCCACCCGAUCCUCCCUUAAUCCCUUUAGUCCGUUCAUCAGCGUUGAUCGUAUCGUUAGAAGUGUACCAAUUACGUUUGUAACUUAUUGCUGUAAUUUGUUCACCCUUUCUCCAAAGCUUUCUUGUCUAAAUAUACUAUGGAACAUCGCAGAAGCUA